AUGGAAGCUAAUCACUUGGACUCCAAUGUGCUUUUGCCCCCACGAAAACGGCUUCUUGCCUGUAUGAAAUCCCGGAAUGGGAAUGGCAAUUCCAAUCCGCCAUCAACUUCCAAUCCCAUGAACGAAUUUGGUACCCGUCUCAAUAACUUGCUGAGUGUUCAUCCGAAUGACAAUAAUCUUUCCCAAUUGAAGAUCGUGGAGGCUUCAAGAUCAGCAGCCGAGGUUGCAUCCAAGAUUGCAAUAGCUGCAAGAGCUUUAGCUGAGAAGAAGGCGGUAAUGGCAGCCAUUGCCAUGGCUGCCGCCAAGAAAGCUUUAGAAUUAGUAGCAUCUAUUAAUGAGCAGGAGACUUCAUCAUCUACCUCAAAGAAGAACAAAAGAAAGAAACAUGUUGAUGUUCAAAUGUUGUAUGAUAACAAGAAUUCAAAUGUUGAAAAUGGAAAAACAAGUGAUGAAGAAUUAGCUCGACAGUUGCAUCAUGUCAUAAACAGGUCCCCUAGAAUUCCUAAGAAGCUUAAAAUCCCGCUUCCUUUGGAAAAUGGUAGAAUUAAUGAAGAUGAAAAUUUGAUAAAAGUUGAUGAAUUUGAAGAGGAUAAGGGUAUUAUUGGUAGGAAAAGGGGAAGAAUGAAACAGAAGAAGUUGCCUUUGAGUAUUUGUCAAAAUCGGGGUCAAUUAAACCCUAAUGAAGAUAGUAGAUGGAAAAGCCCUAAAUCAGUUGAAAAUAUAGAAAGGAGUUCACUAUCUAAAUGCCAGCCUGCUGAGGCUCAACAUGAACGUGCAUAGAAUUGUUGGCUUCAAAGACGUGACCAUAUAAGUCUAUAGUACAAGUGAUCUUUUUUUGUUUUUUUUUUUCCUCUCAUUAGUUUGCAUAGUAAUCGAUUGUGUUUAUCAUGGUUUUGUAAAGGCAAGAACAUGAUUUAUUUACUUGAAUAAUGUUUCCUAUUUUUCUUUUUUUAUGUUUACAUAUAUAUAUGUAAAAUGAUCAUUUAACAAAUUCUGUAUAAUGUUGUUUAAGUCAUCUUGGCC